AUGAGCGCGGCUUUCCAGCCCUCGCUGAUGAUGAUGCAGCGCCCGCUGGGAAGCAGCACGGCCUUCAGCAUCGACUCGCUGAUCGGCAGCCCCCCGCCGCCCGCCCCCGGGCACUUCGUGUACACCGGCUACCCCAUGUUCAUGCCCUACCGGCCCGUGGUGCUGCCGCCGCCGCCGCCGCCGCCCGCGCUGCCGCAGGGCGCGCUGCAGCCCGCGCUGCCCCCCGCGCACCCGCACCACCACCAGCUGCCCAGCCUGCCCUCCGGCUUCUGCUCCAGCCUGGCCCAGGGCAUGGCGCUCACCUCCACGCUCAUGGCCACGCUGCCCGGCACCUUCCCCGCCUCCCCGCAGCACCAGGAGGCCGCCAGGAAGUUCGCGCCCCCGGGGAACUUCGAGAAAGCCGACGGGAUACCCCCGGACGGCGGCGGCGACGAUGGCAAAGCCUUCCUGGGCAAGGACGGGGCCCUCCUGCCCUUCCCCGCCGCCGACGCCGUCCAGGCUUCCCUCGCCGGGGCUCUCCGGGGCCAGGGCAAGGAGGACCCCAAAGCAGAGGAGGACGCGAAAGGCAAGGAGGAAAGUUUCUCCAUGGACAGCGAUCUAGAUUAUAGCUCGGACGACAACAUCCCCGGCCAGGCGGCUCACAAGGAAGAGGACUCUGGCAACGUGCUGGAGGAGAACCCCCAGAACCCCCCCAAUUCCACCAACACCACGUCCACGGGCAAAAACCGGCGGAGGCGAACAGCCUUCACCAGCGAGCAGCUGCUGGAGCUGGAGAAGGAAUUUCACUGCAAAAAGUACCUGUCCCUGACCGAGAGGUCCCAGAUCGCUCACGCCCUCAAACUCAGCGAGGUGCAGGUGAAAAUCUGGUUCCAGAACAGGCGGGCGAAAUGGAAACGGGUCAAGGCGGGCAACGCCAACUCCAAGACAGGGGAACCUUCCCGAAACCCCAAGAUCGUGGUGCCCAUCCCGGUGCACGUCAGCAGGUUUGCGAUCAGGAGUCAGCAUCAGCAGCUGGAGCAAGCCCGACCCUGAUCUCUCCCUCCUCCCGCGCUCAGAGCCACAAGUUUUUAAAGGGAAAAGUUUCCAACCCGGGGUUUGAAGGCGACCCACCCGAAUAAAAACAAAAACGAGAGAAGCAACACAAAAACAAAACAAAACAAAAAAGCCAAACAAAAAACCACCACCAACAGCAACAAAAAACCCCACCGCAAAAACCCUAAAACAACACGAAAAAUAAAAAACCCGCGCGAGCGCAUGGCAAAUCCCCAGCACGAGCGAACUUCAGAGCGAAACUUUCCGCUCACCGCGAGGGGAAGAGGCUUGGAAAGAGUUUGGGUUCGGAGCAGGGAUAUCCCAGCUAGAAGAGACACGCAGACACCUCCGCCCCCGCGCACAGAGAUAUUUCUUGCGAGGCUGCCCCGCUUCGGGCACCCCGGGCUGCGGCGCGGAGCCGCCGCUGGAUCCCCUCACCGGAGC